GGUGAAAAGGCUGUUGGAAUUUUCUGGGACAUUCAGAACUGUACUGUUCCCCACGGAAAGUCUGUUCUACACCUCAUCGACAAAAUUAGGAAAAGGUUUGUCACACAAGACUACGCUGAAAGAGAAUUCAUAUGUGUAUGGGAUUCAUCCAAGGAGUCGGCAAUCAUGAAGGAGGAUUUAAAUAAUGGAAUAGUUUGUAUUUUUUACUUAUUUUACAGUUUUAUUUACUUAUUAUUCUAAUUAAAUUAUUUUAUACACCAUAUUUAAGCUGAGUAAAAUAUCAAAGAAAAUCAUUAGUAAGAUCCGAGUGGAAGAAAGUAGUGUGGCAGUCUAUAGUCGUACAUGGUAUGAGCGCCACAGGGAUGGAUGGAUGGAAAUUUCAUUCAAAUAUUCAAGUUAUUAAGUUUUUAGUUACUCUCCAAAAAUUUAUAAAAUCUUGACUCGCGCGUUUUGAGAGUUUUGGUACUGAUAACAUGUCUAAAUUUAACAGUCCUAAAUUUAACGGUCCUAAAUUUAACGGUCCUAAAUUUAACGGUCCUAAAUUUAAAGGUCCUAAAUUUAAAGGUCCUAAAUUUAACGGUCCUUAUUUUAACGGUCCUAAAUUUAACGGUCCUAAAUUUAAAGGUCCUAAAUUUAUGAGUCCUAAAUUUAACAGUCCUAAAUUUAACAGUCCUAAAUUUAACAUUCCUAAAUUUAACAGUCCUAAAUUUAACAUUCCUAAAUUUAACAUUCCUAAAUUUAACAGUCCUAAAUUGAACAGUCCUAAAUUUAACAGUCCUAAAUUGAACAGUCCUAAAUUUAACAGUCCUAAAUUGAACAGUCCUAAAUUGAACAGUCCUAAAUUGAACAGUCCUAAAUUUAACAGUCCUAAAUUGAACAGUCCUACAGUCCUAAAUUUAACAGUCCUAAAUUGAACAGUCCUACAGUCCUAAAUUUAACAGUCCUAACUAAUCCGAAAUGGGAAUGGAACUAUCCGCCACCAGACAUUUCGCCUAUGACGAAAAAGAAAUUAUUUUAUUAUAAUAUACAUUGUAUUCAUUACGUGUCAUUUCAAACAUAUUUUGAACGUUAAAAAACGUAUGAUGUUAAUUAAACAGUGGCUUAGCCAGAUUUUGACACUGAAAUUUUACAUUAGGAAAUGCCGUAAGCGAGCCGACGAGCUAGUACCAAGUUGUUUAUUCCCUCCCCAAAGAACCCCUACCGUAAGCCCGAAUAUCGGGCCGCAAAGUGACACGUUGGAGAUCACCCUUUGCCAACAACAGACACCCUCUUAUACGGAUUUCUACAGUGUGAUUCUACCUCGCCUCUAAUUUACGAAGCAAUGGACGAAACGUUUGCCUAGGAGCAGCCUCCUCAAUUGCUGCGUAAGACUUUACAUAAAACGAUUACGUACAAAAUGUCUACCAACCUAAAUAAAUAACUCCAACUACACUAAUAAAAUUCAUCUUAAGGAUAUUCAUUUUUUAAUUCAAAAUAUAAAUGCCGAAACAUCAAAAAUGUGGGAAGCAAUACAGUAAUUUAGCAAUAGAGUUCUUUAAAACAGUAUCCUUUAUUAACCAAUGACAACAGCAUUUUUAACAUUGUUGAAAUGAUUCUACAUAUCCACUCUUCUCCCAUAGUAAAUAUUUAUUUUUAUUUGAGCAAUCACAACACAAACUCAUGCGUUUGUGUGGGAAUCGAUACCUUAUUUUAGGAUCCGAAUACCAGUUAAAAACUAAAUUUCUGAAAAAAAAACAUUUUUUUUUUAAAAAUUAUUUAUAAAACAAAAAAACAAAAACAAAAAAAAAAAAUUUUUUUAACAUCCCUAUUAGAGACUACAUUCAAGCAGUGUGAAUGAAAUAUAAAAAAAAACAGGAUUUUUAUACCUUGAGCUUGAAUAGCAACACAAGACAAUCUAAUCAACGUUUUAGCUAAAUGCCUUCCUCUGCAAACCCAAUAAUAAAUAACAGGAGAGAUUUCAACAAUGGGAAGUUUGCCCGUAAUUGUAGAGGGGACUUGACAGGAAAGUGUUGAAUUCUAACAUGUGAACGUUACCAAGCAGCAUAUAGUUCGGUCUUUGAAUGCUGUGAAAUGGGUUAACAGGCAAGGCAAAAGUUUAAUUAAAAACUCUAAAUAAGAGAUUCUUAUUAAUGCAUUCAAAUUGUAUGGGUCCAAUAUCGCUAUAUGUUAUCAAUUAUAUACUUCCUUACCGGUGAUUUCAUUGUUUUUUUAAAGUGUAUACAUUUUGGUCUCCAAUAUUCACGUUCUUAACGUAUGUUUACGUCCAGGUUACAGUCCAGGAUGUCCCAGCAGGAUUGAAAAAUGCCGCAGACGAGAAAAUCAAGCUACAAAUGAGAAACUUUGCAGAUACACAUCCACCUAGUUCAAGACUAGUCCUAAUUAGCUGUAAGCAUUAUGUAUAAAACAAAUAUUUGAUUAUAUCCUGAAUAAGACUAGUCCUUGACUGCUCUAAGCAUUAAGUAUCAACAAAUAUUUGAAUAUAUCCUAAAUAAAACUAGUCCUCAUCAGCUGUAAGCAAAAUUUAUAAAGCAAAUAACGAUUAUAUCCUCAAUAAGAUUAGCCCUUGACAACUGUAAGCAUUAUGUAUAAAAAAAUAUUUGAUCAUAUCCCCAAUAAAAAAAGACCAGUCAAGAAAUAAGGUAUCCUGGAAUAUCUCCACACACUGAAGUUUAGGGAUAUCAUCCUAGUUACAUACCGGUAUGUAAAAUAUCACCUAGAAAUAGCCUCAAAUGUACACACACGGUAACUAUUAGGUUUAAAUAUUUAUUGGUAAUUGUAACAGUCUAGAGGUCAUAGGGAAAAUUUUUAAAUUAUGAGUCCUUAAAUUAUCUAAAUUUUGAAAAUUAAAUUUUAAUAAAAACGUAUGUAAUUGUCAAAGUAUUGAUCUUUUUUUUAUGUUCCUUCUGUUAACACUUUGAGAAAUUGAGGACAAUGUAAAAACACACAGACGAAAUUCGUGUUAACGUCAUUUUUUGGAGUCCGGAAAUCGACAUGACUCUUAGUGGCCCCACUGUCUUUUUGAUUUACGGACAGUAGGUACAAAUUGAUUUGGCAUAAAAUAAUUUCUUCGUAAAUUCUAUAAAAACCAAAUACCGUCCAUUAAAACCAAAGUAUUUUAUUUAAAAAAGCAUAGUAUGUCCAUAAUAAAACCAUAGUAUGUGAAAAAAACAUAGUAUAUCCAUAAAAAUCAUAGUGUGUUCAAAAAAUCAUAUGAUGUCUAUAAAAGCAAACGUUUGUCCAAAUAAAUCAUAGUAUCUCCUUAAAAAACAUAAUAUAUCUUUAAAAAACAUUGACACAUUUGCAGCUUUUGCCUCCUGUCUUCCAAACCCAAUUAAUAAAACCCUUGCUGAGUAGCCCUUGCAACCAGUGAGGCAUCCCCUUGAAAACCAUGCACAGUAACAUCGCGAACCCCUCUGAAACAUAGGAGCCAUAUUGAUCAAUCCAUUGAUCGUGGGCCCUAAAAAUAUAGAGGAAGAACACUUUAAAAAAAAAAAAUUCCUUUCUAAAGAAAAAAAGUCAACCUUUCUACCCGAGUUCAACCGUCAUGCAUGACGCUCAUUGUGUGACAUCAAUUUUGUUUUCACUCAGUACUAUUAUUAUAAAACAUGUUGAGAGCGAUUAUUGAAAGGGUAACAGGACACACGAGAAGCUAUAAUAUAGAUAUAAAUGAUUAUGCUUUUAGCAUUUUGAUUUUUUUUUUUAAAUAUCUUUAUUUUUCAAAUAACUAAGCUGACAUUAACUUUGCCGAUGACGUGUCCUACAUCAGAAACACCAAGAAGUUGGAAGUGAUUUUGGUCCACAAGCCAGCGGUUAACGAGACGCUCCUGCAACACGUCAGUUCCAGCGUCCUUUACACGGAACUGACCGAUGGUCUUCCGGAUAGAGACGGACAUGUCGUAAGUUUGCAUAAAACCGACAUGUAUUAAAUUUUAAGAAAUUGUCAAAUGUCAUUUUCCUGACGUUGAGAGAUCAAUGGUUAGACGGUUGACAGCCGACACAUUAACAAAGUUCAGUUCAAGAAAAUAAUAAUCGUGAAGAUUUUUUAUAUAUCGUUUAUGACAAUUCUUCACAAGCUAAAACAGCUAAAAAAAAACAAACAACUCAGUAGCAUAAGAAGGAAAUUGUUAAGAGGACAAUAAUCUUUUCUUUUUUAUUAUAAAAAAAAGAAUUUAUAUCAGAGAUAAAAUAAAAUAAAAAUUGCACGUGUGAAUGAGAAACACAGUUUGUUGUAGAGAUGUCACAUUAUGAGCUAAAACAUUGAAAGAACUUUAAUGAAGGAUUUAUAUUGGUUACGAAAAAUUUGUUAUUUAAAAAAAAAACGUGUUAAUUUCGUUGAACUCUAAUUUCAAACACCUAUGUGUGUCAUUAUUACGUUUCAGGUUGAUACCGACAAUUUGCUUGUGGUCACUGGAUACAAGUUUAGCAGCGAAGUUCCCAGAAACCAGGUCAAGGAGAAGCUGGAGUCCCUAACUCGGCGUUGGCAAGGCUCCGUAGUGAAAUGCGAAGGGAAAUUUUCUAUAAUAAAAGUGUCUGAUAUACCAGCGGCCAAUGAGUAUGUUUCAUCGAUUAAUUACACAUCCAUACCAUUUAUUUCGAAAAUGUAUUUCAUAAAUAUAACGCAGAUGUUAUAAAUUGUUAUAUAACAUUGAAACAUAUUUAAUCAAUAACUUUCUAAUAUGUGUUUAUCUACUAUACUAGUAUUUUAAAAUUUUAUUUUAUUCCUAAUAUAUUUAUGAAAAGAUCAAAUAAAUUUCAUUUUUUUAAAAUCCAAAAUUGUAGUACUUUUUAAUAUAACAUUGUGCAUAUUACUUGCCUUCACAAAUUUAAUUAUUUUUACGAAGAGAAACCUUUUAUUACUAGAACAAUUUAAGCAUCUGAAGUAUUUCUCAAGCGAAAAAUAAGCCUUCUUUAAGAGUGAUCAUUUAGAUUUUGAAAUAGCCGUGGGGGGGGGGGGGGGGGGUGAGAGAAUGCUUGUAAACUCUGAUGCGUUGGGGAAAUCUGAUUUUUAAAAAUCGUUUCGUUUUGACUGAGGGAAAGAAUUCACCCUUAUUAAUGUCAUAGUUUAUUUAUAGGCCAAAUUAUUUAUUCAUUUAUCAAGAUUUUAAAAAAAAUCUUUAACUUUUGUUUCUUUAUCUUCGUUAAAUAUAUUAUUAUGUGCAAGCUUAUCGUGAUAUCUCUAUUCCUUAUUUUUUACAGAGUGAUCAAGACUCUUCAGAAUGAGGAAGUAAAUGGGCAAAUAAUUCAAUUUAAGCAUUUGGAACAGUCUGAAUACAGAGAAACUAUUCAGAGUUUCGUAAUGAUUUUUUUUUAAAUAUUGUGUUUUUUCUUCUUCUUGUGCCUUUUUAUCCUGUCUAGGGCAUAGGCCGUAAACAAGAAUAUUCCAUUUAUAACGAUCCUGUGCUUUCCUUUCCAGUUGUGCAAGGUGUGUCCCAUAUUUUGCGUCUCGGCCUCUAACUCGUCUCCAUGUGUUCUUAGACCUUCCCCUAUUUCUUUUUCCCUGUGGAUUCCAUGGUAGGGAUUGUCUGUCGAUGCUAUCUGGGCGUUUUCUGAGAGUAUGCCCUAUCCACUCCCAUCUUUUCUUUAUUAUGUCUUCAUCAAUGGGCCCCUGGUAAGUUCUUUCUAGUAGAUCUUUGUUAGUGAUGGUAUUUGGCUAUUUGAUGUUCAGGAUCUUUCUAAGGCAUGUGUUUAUGAAGGUCUGUAUUUCUGCGUAUUAAUAGCAGAUUUUUAAUUUUUUUUUGUUAGCUAUUUAUUAAAAAAAUUAUCUGUAUUUUAAAUAAGGCGUACGAUUUAAAUUUAAGAGACACUUUUUAGAGGAUUUAAAAAUGGCGUAUAAAAAUUACUAAACGAAGUGACCAAAAUAGAUGCUUUUGAAAAAAUAUUUUCAAGACAAAGUGACCAAAAUAAAUGUUAUUGAAAGUAUUAACAAAGCAAAGUGUCCCAAAAUAGAUGUUAUUGAAAAGAAUUAGCAAGACGAAGUGACCAAAUUAGAUGUCGUUUCAGAUAUGAUGGCAAAAAACAAAAAGGGAGGAGGAGAUUCGGACACCAAAAAAGAUAACACUGGAAGGGUAACUCAAAGAAAGACAGUGAGUAGUUAAGUCAUGUAAAAUGUUAGAUGAUAUUCGUAAGAGAUGUGUGUAGAUGUUUGCGUAAAUAUUUGUGGGGCUAUUUGUGUAAAAACAAAAUUUAGAUAAUAAGAUUAAAAAUUGGCAUAUAUAUUUAUAGGCAUUAGAGAUAAUGAAAAUUAAUGUGUAUAUUUUUAAUGGAGUCUACCUUAAUAUUUUUCUAACUAAUUGUACUGCUUUUUCUGUCUAAAUUAAUCACAUGUAAUUUACAAAAUUUUAAAAAUUCUAUAGACACAGGAUAAAAUCAGAGCACCCCCUCCCCAGCCAAAGGACAGCUCAACUGAUCAACAGGGUCAACAAAUACAGCCGUUAGAAGCACAGAACCAGGCUUCACAGAUGUCCCAGAAGAGUACAAAUGGUUAUAACUCUUUUAUUUUUAUGUAUCUAAUAUGAGAACUUUUACACUGUCAAGCCAGGUUGUAGUCUGGCGUUACUGCUGCAAAAACAUUUAAUAACUUCAAUUCUGCCCCGUUUGCACACUUUAAAAUCAUUAAUUAUGCAGUAAUGGUUCAAUAACAAAUAAACAACAUACUAAAGCUACAAAAAAAGUUUAUAUAUAUGUAAAUCAUCGGAAAAUAGAUGAUGUUUUCGUUACCAUUUUUAAGAAAUCAUCUAACACUGAACACAUGUGAACACAACAAUUUACCCAUGGUUGACGUUAUAAACAAAUUUACCGUCAUUCCGGAACCGUUUCUUUAGCUUUACUUAUUAUAUAUUUUUGGUACUUUGUUUUCCGCCUGCUAUACAUUAUUGUAUAUAUCUAACGAGAACAACAAUCUACCCGAUCAUCCGAUAAUAGGAGGCGCGGAAAUUUCAUAAUUGGGUGCAGGUCUAGUGCUUUUCAAAAUAUUUGUUUAUUUUAACAUUUUGUGUGUGUCUUAUGACUUAGUUAUAUUUACCUUUUAAUUCUCAUUCUGAGUUCCAAGUUGAUAAGAUCUAAAAAAAAAAUUAAGCGUCAUGACUAGAAUGGUUUUAAUGUUUUCACACGAUUCUCAAAUUUAACAAUAAUGAUACGUUUGCUUUAAGGUCGGUUCGUGUUAGAAAAAGCUGGCAUUUUCUGGGACAUGGAAACCUGCCCAGUACCAGCGGGCUCUACAGUCCAGGAUGUGAUCGACGCUGUUAGAGAAACGUGUGUGGACGACAACUACUCUGAGUCCGAACUAGUUUGUUUCUGUGAUGUUCUGAGAGCUGGAGACACAUUGAAGCAGUUGCACGACUCAAUGGUAUGUAAGCUGGUUUCACGUUGAAACAGUUGCAAAACGUAAUGGUAUGUAAGCUGGAGACACAUUGGAACAGUUACAAAACUAAAUUGUAAUUAAACUGGAGACAUAUUGAAGCAGUUACAAGAUUUAAUGGUAUGUAAGCUGGAGACACAUUGAAGCCGUUACAAGAUUUCAAUGAUAUUUUUAAUUCUUGAGGCUGCACAUUAAAAAUGUUCUAAGAAUAAUGGGAAACUAGUUUAGAUAGAAGACGACUAGGAACAUUCUUUUUUAAAGUAUAAGUAAUUGAACAACCCCUACAAACAAAUUUUUUCUAAUAAAUUCUAUUAUUAUUUUAUAUAAAUAGUCUAAUGUCCAACAUGCUUUUACACCGCAGAUUUAUUACACUAAAUAUUUUAGAAUAAAAAAAUAAAUUACGCCCCAAAAUGCACUUGCCAUAUUUUUUUUGUUGAGAAUCUCAUUAAGCGUCGACUUUGUGAUUUUAAUUGAAAAAAUUAGUGGUAAAAUAUUUUGUUCGACAUUUUUCCCAUAAAAAAACUGAUUUUUUUUAGGGGUUGAGGUUGAUGGGGUAGUGCUGAAAAUUUGAAAGAAUGUGUUGUCAUUGGCAACAAGUCUAUGUGCCAAGUUUCAGCUCAAAGGGGUGACAGGAAGUGGGUCAAAUUAGCCGGCCGACGUUUUUUGUCUUAAACACACAUAAGUGAAGUUAAUGCAAAGGAUUUAAAAAGGAUGAUCACUCUAUGAAAUCGUGCUCAAGUUUAAGAAUAGUUUAAAUCAUGUAGGCCUUAGGUUUUGGCAUAACCUUGAAGAUGCGAGCAUGUGGAUGUAAUUAUAUGUAUAGGCCCAUGCAUUUAUAUCUGUAUGUAUGUGUGCAUGUUUUUUAGUAUGUGGACCUAAUAGUCAGAUGGAUAUACAAAUGAUAAGAUCGCCUACUAAUUAAAAUUUCUUUUCUUUUUCCUAACCACUUUGAAUUUUUUAGUUUGACAAGAUAUUUAAAUACAAAAUUGCCCUCUAUUUCUGGUUCUGGUUCUGGUAGGGUACGUUGCUGCAUCCAUGUACUGGCAACGUGUUGUUUUCUGUUUCAACAUUUAUUCAAAAUUUUGUUUUCUGUUGUUACGUUAUUUCAACAUGUUGUUUUAUGUUUCUAAGUUGAUUCAACAUGCUGCUUUCUGUUUCUAAGUUGAUUCAACAUGCUGCUUUCUGUUUCUAAGUUGAUUCAACAUGCUGCUUUCUGUUUCUAAGUUGAUUCAACAUGCUGCUUUCUGUUUCUAAGUUGAUUCAACAUGAUGCUUUCUGUUGCUACGUUCAUUCAACAUGUUGUUUUCUGUUGCAACAUUGAGUCGAAAAGUUGUUUUCUGUUGCUAACUCGAUUCAACAUAUAAUUUUUUUUUAAAGAUCAAAACUGUUCACACAUUUGCUGACCCUAGUCCUGUGAUUCAACACAGUUUGCUGCAGUUUGCUGAGAUGGUUCAACCUAGGAGUAGACUUAUUCUCAUCUCCAGUAAGUAAGAAACACAAUGUCAUGGAAGAGGAACUGGCUUAAUGUACGCAACAACAACAAAAAAUAAUAAUAAAAUAAACAUCAAAGUGAGCUUGAAAGAAUUUAAUUUUCAAUCUUAUGUGAAUGAUCGUAAUAAUUUUUAUAAGAUAUUGGAAUUUUAAGCUAAACAAAUAAAAAUCUAUAAUUAGACUGCAGUUGUCAAUGACUCCCGCUUCCUCAGUCUGCAAGUCCUAUAAAUAGUAUAUAAAUAGUUUACCUAUCUGCAGCCGUUGACGUAAGACGCUUAAGCUUAAAUGCAUUCACAGAAAAAUACGCUGUAAGAUAAAUUUCACAAUACCUUUAUAGAUUAUAAUAGAUUUUAAAUCAUAAAUAUUGGAAUAAAGAGAUUUUUACCUGCAAAUAUGAUUUUUUGCUUUUUUAAAUGCAAAUAAUCUUCAAACUAUAAAUUUAUAGCAACCUUUGGGUUGGUCGCCUUUUUUGUUCAUUUAAUUUUUUAUUAUAACGAUAUUUCUUCAAAUACUAUUAUCUUCAUAGACAAUGCAGCUUUCCUUCACUUGCUGGACCACCACAAGAAUGUCAAGAAGUUCCAAAUAUUCCUUAUACACGUCAACAUCGACAGCCCGACACUCGCUCGACGCGUGUCCAAGUGUUUUACCUUGGAGGAGAUUAUAGCAAAAGAUGAGGAUGCCUCUGCCGACAACGCUUGAAACUGUGUUCCCGUAGAGCUGUGUUUUAUUUUACCGGUACCGAUAUAUGCUGCUAAAUAACUGCUGGUCAAUAACUGCUCAUCAAUAACUACUCAUCAAUAACUGCUCAUCAAUAACUGCUCAUCAAUAACUGCUCAUCAAUAACUGGUGCUAAAUAACUGCUCAUCAAUAACUGGUGGUAAAUAAGUGCUUAUCAAUAAAUGCUCAUCAAUAAUUUUUUAUACUCCCUUACCAUAUAAUACAUUGCAUAAUUGUUAAUAUUAAACCUCAGCGAACUAGGGAUCUGACUGUGAUAAAUUUUUUUUUUUUCAAAGCCUCCUCAAAGUCAUAUAUCCUCAAAAAUAAAUAGUUCUCACCUACCGGUUUAUAAUUUUAUAAAUAAUUUCAUGUCUGGAAAAAAAAUUAAUUAUGACAUAUAUAUUUUUAUAUGAUAACAAAUUUGUUGCAUUUUCUUUUUCAUCUUACGUAACAGAUACAUUAGUAAAAAUGUUUGAAUAGUUAUCUGGCAUAUAUUUAUUUAUGGUAGUGUUGUUACAUUUUAUUUUAAUUUUUUUUCCCCUUCGUUAAGUUUAAGAAUGGAAAAACAAUUACAUGUUACACCUUUGGUCGCGCUCUGUUUGCUAAGUCGAUUCAACUUAUUGUUUUCUGUAGCUAAUAUUAAUAUAUUAUAAAUGUAUGUUAUAUUUGGCACAACCGUGUCUAACAAAGGGCAAAAAUAACACGUCUGUUCAGCUCGGUGUUUACAUUUUUAAAUGACUAGCUACCAAAGAUGGCCUCUCACAUCUCAGUUCGAGAACCACGGGCCGCACGCAUCGACAAGAAAAGGGGAGCAACUGUAACCAUUACAACUCACAAUGAUAUCACAA